GAGACGAACAAUCAGGCUCCACUCAGGGCACCUCAGAUGACUGAGACAGAGAUAACAACAGACACAGGAACAGCUGAUGAUGGCCUUCCCGUGAUCUCUGCGGAGGAAACAAAACAAGAGCCGCAACCAGCUGAGAUAUGCUCAGAAGGUCCGGCUGGAGAACAUCAGGAUGUGAUUGAUGAGGAAAUCCUUGAUUUGUGGAUAGAGACGGCAAUGUCAAAGGACGCUGAUAGGAUUACAGAAGAAGACCUGUCUGAGCGAGCGCUACAAAAGGACCCGUCUGAUGAGGAAUUGGGCAAAACGUCGUCAGAGAAGAAGGAAGAGGAAGUAAUGGAGGCAAAUUCAGAAGAACCUGAAUCGGCACCUGGGACAGGAACGUCUUUGACAACUCUGGAGUCUGGAUUUUUGGAUCAAUCUUUCAGUGAGACUCGGCUAAAGAAUGCCAACGUAAAUGACAUGCUGACUGCUGCGACAAAUUCAGAAGACUCUGAAUCUGCUUUGGUCGAGGAAAUGAUUGAAACUGUUCAGUCUUUCCAGAGAGAAGAGGGAGAGUCCAGUGAGAUCAGAUCCUGGCCGGAUUCAGGGGUUUUAUCACCAGAAGCAAGACGUCCAAAUGAGGAAUGGGGUACAUCCCAAGAAAAGCAGGAAGAAACAAAACCAGAGAGGGGAGCUGAGACAGACGCAGCAUGUGAGGACAAUGAAGAAGCAGAUGUUACGUCACAGACAAUAAAAGCUGACGACGAGGUUCUCGAAGCAACCGUGUCCGAUGAAAUCCGCCUCCCUGAACCAGGACAGCAAACAGAGAACGUAGAGCCUUUGUCAGAGGAGGGAGCUGUUUUAAAAGCAUCACCUUCUGGAGGUGAACUUCAGAUUGAAUCUGAGAAGCAGCAAUCCUCCCUGGAUGCACCAGAGCAGAGAUGGUCAGAAGACCUCAUCCAAUCGUUUCCAACUCCACGCAGGACUGAGGUGGAAGGAGAUCGAAGUGAGGUCGAUGGCUCCAUGCUCGAUUUUGCGGUGCAAAGGUCUCGCAUUGCUGUGAAAAACCCUCGUGUGAGACCACCCACAGACCCCCGCUCCUUAAUUCACAUGCCCUCUGUGGAUCCGACUCCCUCACAGCGUGUGCCUGGUAAAGUUCCUGCCGGUGUGCCUUUAGGCGGCAUGGGGAUGGGGAUCAAACUGCCUGGUCUUGGAGGUGGUUUUCCCGUUUUAAAGAAGACACCGAGGGUCCUAAAAGACGACAAUAACCAGGAAACACAAUCAAAGGAAUCUGGGGAGAAAAAGGAAGAGGAAGAGAAGAGUGACGCUGGCAAGAAGGAUGAAGCACCACAGAGACCUAAAUGGAUGCCCCCGGGACAACCAGGAUUUGGAAAUCCACUUAUGUCUGAACUCAGGACCAAGCUGAAGAAAACUCCCAAAGAGUGAAAGAAAUAAUAAUUGUAUUGCUUUCUGUGAAUAGCUUGUUAUAUUUUAAAUAUUGCUCAGUUUUUGUGUUUUUUCAAACUGAAAGUAGUGAUGAGAUUUUUUAUCCUGCCUACUUUUGAUGCAAUUUGGCUUUUACAAUAAAGCAUAUCUGAAUAAA